CUAACAAUUAACCUUAGAUGUGCCAAGACCCAGGCUAGCCGGGUACCGACAGCCUCGAUAUGCCAGUUUGACUUACACUGCCACAAACACAUUACUCCAUGGUCAGAAGCACGGCCCGACUGCGCUCAUGGCAUGAUUCAGAGACGAAUCGUGUCCUUGAAAAGGUGUUUUCCAUCUUGCCGACCGUUCAGGUCGCAUCUGCAAACCUAAACUGGUCCUUUCGGAUUCGGCACGCUUCUCGUUUAGGUUUGCGCUAGAAGCUGGACUGGAUUGCGCGUAUUCGGCGUGUUCGGAUCACACAAGGCUCCCUAAACGGGCGCUAGGCCCAAAACCAACAGUGUCAUAAUACAAACAUCAUUUGUGUGGAUCGGCGUGAUGGGUGUACCGGGCUGCGCCACGUCGGUACAUUACCUACCACGACUCGGCUAGACAUGUUGCUCCGCCGCAACGAUUUUUUUGCCCUUUUCAACUUAGUACUAUGAUGCGCUGGGACGAUUCUCUCGUGCCUGCUAGCCGUGAGCCGGCAGUGCAGGCGGCGACGGUGAGUAUGGCAUAGCCUCGCAGGAGGUUUCGGCCUAAUGUUGGUCUUAUAUAUUGGUAUUCACUGCUGCACGUAGCGGAAAUAUAAGUGAAGCCUUUGUAACACUCAGGAUCUUUCAUAAUAAUCAUCGAAAUUCAAUUCAUCUCAUUUCGACUGCCCUUUCAUCAUGUCUAGCUAUAGUGGUAGCGUCUGCAGCCGGCAUUCGUGCAGGCUCAUCACUGACAUUCAUGAGGCAGCACUAGCUGGUUGCCCUAGUGCUGGUGGACUUCCUAGGAUAUUUUUCAACACUAGAAAGGAAGUCAGAUCCAAGUUGGGAGACUUUCUUGCCGUUCCUACCGACAUCACAAGACCGGCUUCGUCGUAUGCAUCGUCCCUUACAAGUGCAGCAAGCUCCCAAGAGUCUGCCCUGGAGGACGAUUUCGAUGCUUCCUACCACAACUUCAGCAAAACCUCCCACAUGUGCAUACUUGAUCCAAAGUACACGGUAUUCGUUAGCCGUUUCGGUCACGGGUCGCUUGUGUACAGGAUACACAACAAGGUCGCAGUUGUGGCAGGAGACCCUCUCUGCGAUCCAGCUCAAACAAACGCCUUGUUCGACGAAUUCAGACUCUUCAACGGAAACAAGAGAAUGAAGAUUAUCCACUAUGCUGCUAGUGCGGCGUUCUCCGAGUAUGCACAGACCCAAGGCUGUGUAGUCAUGAACUUUGCACGGGAACGCAUCCUGAACCCAGUCACCAAUAACCUCUGUGAAAGCAAAUCCGGCAAACGCAUCGCCAGUCAAUGCCGAAAGCUACUCGACCCCAAGCGAGAGGGAAUACAAGUUGGUAUUUAUGCACCUGGACUAUCUGAACACGAUCCCACUCUGGAGGAAGAGAUGCAAACUGUCUACGACAACUGGCGAACCAAACGAGACAGCGAAGAGAAUGCCUCCUCUGCUCAAACAUUCAUUACUCAGUAUGACCUUUUCGCUCGACCGGAAAUCACAAUCUAUUUAUACACUUGGGGACCAGAUGGGCGCAUCAAUGGCGUUGCUGGCCUCCGCUGCCUCGGCGCCAAUAACGGGUUUCAACUCGACCCGUGCAUUGCAAGCGAAGAUGCACCCCGAGGUAUCACUGAUUUGCUAGUGGUGGUUUCUACCCAAUUACUCAAGCAGUCGGGUAUCACAUAUCUCAGCCUGGGAGUCGAACCAUUUGAAUCACUGCACGAGCUUUCCGGGCAAACCGGCCUCUGGGCUCACUUAACAAAGAAAAGCUAUCGUCGACUGAUGACUACGGUUGCCGUGGACGGCAAGCGUUCAUACUAUGAUAAAUUCCGACCUGAUGAUGAGCAGGCAGGAAACCUGUAUAUCAUUUUACCAAAGGGGACGUUUCACAUUCGUGAGAUGAUGGCGUUGAUGCAAAUAGCCAACAUUAGCCUUGGUCGCUUAUUCACUUGAAGAGCAAAAUUGGCAGGUUGAUGAUUCAUUCGUUUUACACUCUUUAACUUUGUACAUACACAUUCUCCUAUAUCCUCUCUUAAUUUUAAUUUGUACUUAUAUAGUAUAUAUGACUAGCUUGAACAUUGCUUGUAUUUGACAAUAGUAAACAGCAAAUGAAUACAACUUUCAAAAUGU